AUGAUCGCUGUCAGUCAGUACCAUCACCCACAUCACCCCCAGUACCAUCACCCCCAUCACCCCCAGUACCAUCACCCACAUCACCCCCAGUACCAUCACCCACAUCACCCCCAGUACCAUCACCCUCAUCACCCCCAGUACCAUCACCCACAUCAUCCCCAGUACCAUCACCCACAUCACCCCCAGUACCAUCACCCUCAUCACCCCCAGUACCAUCACCCACAUCAUCCCCAGUACCAUCACCCACAUCACCCCCAGUACCAUCACCCUCAUCACCCCCAGUACCAUCACCACAUCACCCCCAGUACCAUCACCCACAUCAUCCCCAGUACCAUCACCCUCAUCACCCCCAGUACCAUCACCCACAUCAUCCCCAGUACCAUCACCCUCAUCACCCCCAGUACCAUCACCCACAUCAUCCCCAGUACCAUCACCCUCAUCACCCCAGUACCAUCACCCACAUCACCCCAGUCCCAUCACCCUCAUCACCCCAGUACCAUCACCCACAUCAUCCCUGUACCAUCACCCACACCCGGUAAUGAUCGCUGUCAGUCCCCAAAGAAAAAAUUACAGUCAAUUGGCGACUCGGCAUGGAACGAAAAAACCAAGGCUUAA